GAACUUGUUGACCUGAGAGAGUAUCAGCAGGGGAAAAAUUAAGAGGAAAAAAAAAAUGCCCGUGCCUGGGAAGAUUUUUCCAUUCUGUGACUUAUGAACUUCACACACAAGAGCAAGCGACUCCAAAGCUUUGGCGUUGUUGCAUUGACUCAGCGCAAGGAGAGCAUCAUGAUUUCUACAGCUCUCCACUGGAUCAUUCUGGUGUCAUUCAUCAUCCUAACCGUUGGUGGGAACGUGCUGGUAUGUUUGGCCGUGGGCCUCAGCCGCCGACUGUGGCGCAUCGCUAACUGCUUUGUGGUGUCACUGGCGGUGACAGAUCUCCUGUUGGGCCUGCUGGUGCUGCCAUUUUCUGCAACUCUGGAGUUACGCAAUGGGAAGUGGCCCCUCGGAGGCACCAUGUGUAACAUCUACGUCUCAUUGGAUGUCAUGCUGUGUGCCGCUUCCAUCCUGAGCCUGUUGGCCAUCAGCGUGGAUCGAUACCUUGCCAUCUCGGCGCCCCUCAGUUACUCCUUGAGAAUCACCCCUACGAGGGUGACGCUGGCCAUCGUCGGCAUCUGGGCCUUGUCGCUCGCCGUGUCUUUUGUGCCCAUUCACCUAGGCUGGAACACAGUCGACUACAAGGUGCAGCACUCGGACUGGCACAUGGGGCGAGAUCACGAGGAGGGACGCUACUGCCAGUUUGAAUGGAAUAACAACUACAUCAUUUUUUAUGUCUUGUGUUCGUUCUACCUUCCUCUGAUGAUUAUGUGCGCCAUGUACCUAUGCAUAUUCAGAGUGGCACGCCAACAGGUGCAACGAAUCCGUGCGGCCACUCCGUCGUUCGCCCGCAUGGCAUCAACUGCGGCCACAGCCAAAGAGCACAAAGCUACCGUAACACUGGCCGCCGUGCUCGGGGCCUUCAUCAUCUGCUGGUUCCCUUAUUUCACCUUCUUCACCCGAACGGGACUCAAAGAACAGAUGAACCCCCCGACGACACUUCACUCUGUCCUCCUGUGGCUUGGCUACUUUAACUCAGUCCUCAAUCCCAUCCUGUAUCCCGCUUUGAACAGAGACUUUAGAAAAUCGUAUGCCGAGCUGCUCUUCUGUAGGGGAUCGUCACGCAGAAAACUGCGAGGGCACAAAAGAUCGACCCUCUCGAAUGGAAAAAGGCAUUCCCGAUUGUCUGAUGACACAGUUCAAGAAACUCAGAUGAAGAACUUGAAGAGCAAGAAAGCGGUCCCCAACGAAUCUCUGCUUCGUUGCCCACAGCUCCAUAUUUGCUAACCAGUUUGUGUUUUGGUUUAGAUUACAUUUGGUUGUGUUGCAUCAUGUGUCUUUUUGUUUGUUGUCACCACCUGUUCUCGUCAUCCGGGUCCCUUGUGUUAACCAAUCAGCUCCCUCAAACCUUCGUGUCAUGUCCAGGUGUUUCUUGUUCUCUCAUCAGUUCGCUUGUAUUUAGUUCCCUGCGUCCACUCAAGUCUUUGUCAGAUCAUUGUGUUCCUGUCAUGUAGUUUUGAUUCUGUCGUAAGAAUUUUUGAUUGUUUGCUAAUUCGGUUUCAUGUGGCUUCCAUGACUUUGUGUUUCUGAUUUUGUGUUUUUUUUCUUUUUUUCUUUUUUUUAAGUGUACCACUGCAUGUGUUUUUUUUUAAUAUAUUUUGUUCAGUCCACUUAGCUUCUCCUGCCUGCCUGCUUUUUGGGUCUCCUACCAUCGCACUUGUUGUGAAAGAUCCGUGUCUAUUGUGUUCUCCACCAGUGAAUUAUACUAGUUCCAAAUGAUUCUGGCAAAAGGCAACAGAUGACGUUCAUCGAACAAUUUGAGACAGAAAUUCACACUCACGUUUACUUUGCUAAAUAGGAAUUCAAUCCAGGCUUGAACCCAAAAGUAAUGACAAUACCAUUUGAAUGUAUUUUAAAUUCUCCCAGAAGGAGCACCAUUUUCAAAAUUGGGUGCUUGUGCUCUAAAGCAAUUUGCAACACGUCAAUUGCAGGCGCAGCAGCGGUAGCAAAGACAACAGGAAUUAAUUAAUAACUGUAGUUGUUUGACAAGCAGGCUACUUGGAGACGGGAGCAGUUCAAAGUUUGCAACUUUGAUCUCUUCUUUCCUCAACUCUGCCAGUGAAAGUGAAUGAUUGACCAACAAGUUGUUUUAAUGUGUGGUAUUCAAGUGCCUGACUUCAGAAAGACGGUAUGAAUGACUGAAGGGAUUAGCUGCAAUUAUAAAUAGUUAAAAUUUUCACUAUUUAUUCUCUAUUGUCGUAAAUUACUGAAUCAUGAAAUACUUCACUCUUAUUUUUUUUAAAGAAAAACUGCCUAUGAUUACAUUUUGACAAAUUGUGACCACAAAUAUCAUGUUGGGCUGAAAAAUGUUUCAAUAAAAUACUAAGUAUACUUUCAGGGAAA